AUGGCAAAAGCUUUAUUCUUUCAUAGCUUAAAAAGAGCAGCUUCUUCUCUUCUCAAGCCACCAUAUUCAUCUCUCAGGCCAAUCUUACAAGUCCAAGAAUCACUUUUGAUUCAAUCAAGAAUGAGAAUUUCACAAAACUUGAUAAACCCUUCAUGGGAAUUUAGAAAUGUGAGUCAUGGAAGAGUAAACUUAGUGAUAUCACAAGGAAAACCCAAGUUUGAAACACAUGAGGCUGACCCUCCAAAGAAGGAGAAGUGGAUGACGAAGAAAAGAUUGAAAUCGCAGAGAAAGAGAGAGAAGGAGAAGAGAAAAGCUGCUAAUAGGAAGGACCCGCGUUCGCUUACUGUUAAGAGGAAGAGGAGGCAGAAAUUUGCCAACGUAGAAGAGAGAAUUAAUACUAAACUUGAGAAGGCCAGAAUCAAGGAAGCCAAGCUGAUUGAAAGACUCAAGCGAUAUGAAGUUCCUAAGAUGCAAGGUCCUGAGGUCAAACCACAUGAACUGACUGGCGAGGAGCGUUUUUUCAUGAAAAAGAUGGCACAGAAGAAGUCUAAUUAUGUGCCAAUAGGCAGAAGAGGAGUAUUUGGAGGUGUCAUUCUGAAUAUGCAUAUGCAUUGGAAGAAACACGAAACUGUAAAGGUCAUUUGCAAUUCUUCUUUCAAACCUGGCCAAGUAAACGAGUUUGCUAAAGAAAUUGCCAGAUUGAGUGGUGGGAUCCCUAUACAGAUAAUCGGAGAUGACACCGUCAUAUUUUAUAGAGGAAAGAACUAUGUGCAGCCAAAAGUUAUGUCGCCUGUGGAUACGCUGUCCAAAAAGAAGGCACUAGAGAAAUCAAAAUACGAGCAAUCGCUUGAGACUGUGAGGCACUUCAUUGCUAUCGCUGAAAAAGAAUUGGAGCUCUACAACAGGCACAAUGCACUUUAUGGUGAUUCAAACAAUAGGAAUCCAAUGUUGAUCUUGGACGGUCCAACACAAAAGGACUCUGAGGAAUCUAGGAAACCUACAAAGCAAAAAAGUGAUUUGUCUUACAAUAGUUUUCCUCCAAGUCUUUCAGAAAUAAAAGCCGAUGCCACUUACGAAGAAUUGUCUGAAGCUGUAAAUGAUUCCGAAGCUGAAGACUUGUCCCUAAGCGAACCAGAUUCUGAAAAUGAUCACCUAUCUGAUUUGGAUGGCGAAGAAAGCAAUGAUAGCUCAUCCAUGACGAAAAUGAGCUCCUCAGCAAUUUUAGGUUCGUCAUCGAUAUUGUAG